AUGGAUCCCUUUUCCGCAGAAGGCGAGUUGCUCAACUUGCACAAUUACUUCCACCAAGGCCAAUACCAGGAGGUCAUUGAUUUCGAUACGGCCGGCCUUUCCCCCGAGAACGCCCUUCCAGCUCGUGUGCUCUCCCUUCGCGCCCAAAUUGCCCUUGGACAAGCAGAAGAUGUGAUUGCAGAUGUAGAGGGAGAAUCAGAGCCUGAUCUAGCUGCUGUGUGUGCGCUGGCUGAGCUUGCGGCUGGGAACGAGUCUAAGGCCUUAAAGAUUGCGGAGAAGCUGGCGCAGGAAUCUGCGGACAACUCUACGGUUCAGGUGCUUGCUGGCACAGUUCUACAAGCAGGAGGCAAUAGCGAGGAGGCUUUGGCUCUUCUUUCACAACACCAGGGAAAUCUGGAAGCCGUUGCUCUCAUCGUCCAGAUCCAUCUUCAACAAAACCGCACAAAUCUAGCUAUCAAAGAAGUCCAAGCAGCGAGAAGAUGGGCCCAGGAUAGUUUACUUGUCAACCUUGCGGAAUCCUGGGUUGGCCUGAGAGUGGGCGGAGAAAAAUACCAGCAGGCAUUCUAUGUCUUCGAAGAGUUAGCACAAGCUGCAUCAACCUCCUCGAUUCAGAGCCUAGUAUCACAAGCUGUUGCCGAGAUUCACCUCGGGCGUUUAGAGGAGGCUGAAGCUGCACUCCAACAAGCUCUCGCAAAGGACCCCAAGAGCGCGGAAGUCAUAGCCAACAGUGCUGUCCUAAACAUAAUUGCAGGCAAGGAUGCUACGGAACUCAUCAGUGCCCUUUCUACGACUGCGCCAGAGCACCAUUAUCUGCAAGACCUUCAAGAAAAGAGUGAUGUAUUCGACAAGGCUGCUACAAAAUACUCAGCGAAAGUCAAAGCAUAG